AUGGCCAAAGUCCUCCGCAAUGGUCGAUUCUUUCUACCACAGUCUGGACGGCAGCAAAAUGCUGCUUUCGCAGACUGCAUAGUGAUCGAUCAAAAUACCGGAAAGAUUCUCCAAGUGGGCUCUGCCGAAGAUGCCUCAAUAGCUGCGGCGAUACGUGCUGGGGCGGACCAGCGCGAUAUGCAGGGUCGAGUGGUGGUUCCUGGCUUUGUCGACGCCCAUAUGCAUUUACUCAUGACUGGCGAGGCCAUGAGCAAGCUCGAUAUCGGCGCCUGUACCAGUCUGGCGGAUAUACAAGCCACCAUACGUGCGUACGCGGCGGCCAACCCGAGUCUCCCGCGGCUGCUCUGCCGUAACUGGUGGCAGUCUUCCACCAACGGGGAGGCCCUGGCAGUGCAGCUCGAUGAUGUCGAUCCCAGGCCGAUUUACAUUGACGCCAAUGAUCUGCACUCGGUGUGGUGCAACACGGCGGCGCUCGAGGAGCUGCGACUGGAAAAGUUGCCUGAUCCGCCGGGUGGUCGUAUUCAUCGCUAUGAUGAUGGGAAACCCAGCGGACUACUUUCAGAAGGCGCCGUAAUAAGUCUUGUCUGGCCUUUUCUGAACAAGUCUCAUUCCCUCGAGUCCAAACUUGCGUACUUGGACACGGCGUUUGAGGCCUACAUCUCGGCCGGUUAUACUAGCGUAGGGGAGCUGGCCAUGGAUGAAAGCAUGUGGCAGCUUCUGUCCCAAUACGAAGCUCGAAAGGGGUCUUUGCCUCUAUUCGUUACGGCUUAUUGGCUCAUCACCCCCCAGGAGUCCUUGGCGGAUGCCCUGAAGCAAGUAGAUCGGGCUAUUGAGCUCUUCACCAAGCCGGGUCACGACCAACAGGACGGCGGUAGACGAAGGAUUGGCGGCAUCAAGAUCAUCUGUGACGGAGUGGUCGACAGCUGUACCGCCGCCCUACGCGAGCCGUACUCGCACGACAAUAGCAACGUGGAGCCCAUGUGGACGGUGGAGAGCCUGGCCGUCGUUCUCAAACACGCCGACGCCGCAGGGCUGCAGUGCGCACUCCACGCCAUUGGCGACGAGGCCAUCAAGACGGCGCUGGACGCGCUCGAGUUAGUCGGGAAUCCGUCGGGUCGCCAUCGCAUCGAGCACCUCGAGCUGUGUUCGCCCGAGGAUGCGCAGCGGCUCGGCCCCCUGGGCGUCAUUGCCUCGAUACAGCCCGUCCACAGCGACCCGGCCGGACUGACUGCAUGGCCAAAAUUGAUUGGCGCGGGACGAUGCCGCCACAUUUUUCCUUAUGCUUCCUUUGCAAACUUUGGUGCCAUCCUGGCCAUGGGCAGCGAUUGUCCGACGGCGCCGCACAAUCCGCUGGCCAACAUGUAUGUUGCUACUAAUAGGCGAUCGGCGCGCAAGCCGGAGCUCGAGGACAAGGUGGCGCCCGAGUUUGCGUUGAAGCUGGCCGAUGCCGUGACGGCGGCGACAAUGGGCGCGGCACAUGCGUGCUUCACCGACGGGCGGACUGGGAGACUCGAGGCCGGCUACAUGGCGGACCUGGCGGUUGUGGAUAUGGAUUGGGAUCCCCAAAUGCUGCUCAAGGCCACAGUGGUAGAAACUUGGUCGCGCGGACAAAGGAUCUUUGGAAAGUCGUAG